GAGCGGGCACACUCGUGACAGUGAAUGAGGGGGCAGCACAUUCGGUUUCUCAUCUGCUCUUUUUCACCUCGUCCCCGGCUCAACCUUCCCCGAAGCGGCCCAAACUCCCUGAGUCAUGCACGAACGCAUUUACCAUAACAAUGGUUGCAAUCACUCCCCUCCCCUCCCCAGGCACCAGAUGCUGUCCGAUCUGGAGUGGGAAACGCUGGAAACAGAAAGGGCAAGGAACAGACUAGCCAUGUUGUACAAGAUUCAAAAGGGGAUCGUGGACAUAACUGCAGAUAGAUACAUAACAUACUCAGCAGAAAGGGGAACAGAAAGAGAAAUGAUAUGCAAAUUCGCCAUCACAGAUAUUUAUAAGAAUUUAUUCUUUGUAAGAACCUUAAGGGAAUGGUAUAAACUAGACAACAAUAUAGUCAAAUCGCCUUCACUAGACAGUUUUAAGGGGCGUUAGUAUGCACAACACAUCCAAGUUGGCGAUGUGCAGAGUACUGCCCUGCUGAUUACAAGUUCAGAAGGUCCAGUCACUGAGGGCACAGCACAUUCGGUUUCUCAUGUGCUCUUGUUCCACCUUCCCCGAAGCGACCCAAACUCCCCUGAGUCAUGCAUGGACGCAUUGACCAAAACAAUGGUUGCAAUCACUCGGAGGUACACAAAAUCACUCCCUUCUCCAGGCAGGAAAAUAGGGACGGUCCCUGAGCCCAGCUUUCUCCCCCCCCGUUACAUUGUUACAAGGCGUGUCUGUAUCCUUAGUGACGUCACAAAGGGGGGGGGGGUGGAACGUUCCCUCUCGUUACAUUGUUGCAAGGCGUGUCUGUAUCCAUUAUGAUGUCACAAAGGGGUGGAACGUUGCCCCUCGUUACAAUGUUGCAAGGCGUGUGUGACGUGUCAAAAGGGGCAACGCCAGUGACGCGCCGGGGAUUCCCUUCGCCAGCCUUAUAAAAAGGGACCGGUGUGUCGCCGACACGCCAACGUUGUCGCAAGUCAGUCUGAAGAAGUGUUUCCGCACGGAACGUCGCCUAUUUCCUUCGCUCCAUAGAUACUGCCUCACCCGCUGAGUUUCUCCAGGAUUUUUGUCUACCUUCGAUUUUCCAGCAUCUGCAGUUCCUUCUUAAACGCAAAUUUUGUCAUUUCGCCUUCCUGGUUCCUCCGCCAAGUGUGUGUGUGGGGGGGAUUAUGGUCGCCUUGGUGUCCGGCAUCAGCCCGGUGGAUCCGAUCGCCAGCUCCUGCCUUCUGUGCUCCGCCUGCCGCUCCUUGCUCAUCAAGCCCAAGCAGACCGAAUGUGGCCAUCGCUACUGUACAGCCUGUCUGGAGAACCUCUUCAGGACAGGAAAUGAAGCAGAUUGCUACGUUUGUCAAAAGAAAGUUCUACGUUCUAAGGUUUACCUGGACAGGGCUGCGGAAAAUGAUGCCCACGCCACUACGAUUCGCUGCACGGCUCACUUAGAGGGCUGUGACUGGGUUGGAUCACUGCGGAACUUUCUGCGCACGCACCGUGCCAAGUGCGAUUUCCACAUGGUCCCCUGCGCCAAUGUGGCCUUUGGCUGCCAGGUUUUCGGCCCCAGGAGGGAGAUGGAGCUUCACGAGAGCCGGGAGUGUGGAUGGCGGAUGGAAUGCUGUCCGCACUGCGAGACCUUCUGUGUCCACAACAUGCUGGAGGAUCACGUGGCAACCUGUGGGAAACAGGAGAGUUGCCCUCACUGUGGAGAGACCGACUUAACAAAGACCGAGUUGGAGCAACAUUGUGACCCUCUCCUUGGCGCCUGUCCCAAGUUGAAGGUGGCCUGUCCCUUUAAGGAGGUCGGCUGUUCAGUCCAGCUCCCACGACAUGAAAUGGCCGCUCAUCUCCGAUCAUCCCAGGAGAGUCAUCUCCUGCUCCUCCUCUCCCUGGCCACCAGUCUCCGGCCCGGGGCACCUGUUGAGGGGGGAGGAACGUCUCAGGAUUCUGCCCGGACACCGGCCGGAGAGGGUCCGGAGGGCGAGGUGGUCCCGGGGGCAGGGCCCGGCCUGCAUUCGCUGGCCGGCCGGGCGGACAACCUGGAGAGGUGGGUGUGCGGGCUCAACAAGGACCUGGACCGCUACGCCCAGGUGAUCGAGGUCCUCCAGCAGAAGUGCCUCCAGUACGAGCAGGUCAUCCAGGGCCUGCAGACCAAGGGGGGCCACGGCGAGGGUCCCGGGGGCUCGGGGCCCGUCAGCACCGAUGGAGUCCUGGUGUGGAAGAUCAAGAACUUCUCCGCCCACCUCUCUGCGGCCAAGGCCGGCCAGCGACCAUCAUUCUAUUCGCCCCACUUCACCACCCACCCAUUCGGCUACCGGAUGUGCUGCCGGAUCUACCCCAACGGAGACGGGUCGGGCAAGGGAAGCCACGUCUCGCUCUUCCUGACGUUGGUGAGGGGGGAGUACGACGAGGUCCUCCCCUGGCCCUUCAGGCAGAAGGUGACCUUCAUGCUCCUGGACCAAGCCGGGCAGAAGCACCUCAAGGAGUCCUUCUCCCCCGACUCCCUGAGCGGCUCCUUCCAGAAGCCCAGGAGCCACAUGAACGUGGCCAGCGGUUGUCCCACCUUUGCCCAACAUGCCCUCCUGCACAAGGGACCUUGCCAGUAUCUCAAGAACGACACCAUCUACAUCAAGGUGCUGGUGGACCCCAUCGCAGUGCAGAUGUGACUCGCUUGAAACUUAGGGGAACCAAACCCUGACGUCCCACUCGCAGGGUGUUUGGUGGGUCCGUGUGGGGGGGCACCUCGAACUGCACCCUCCGCCUCUUCUCCAGAGAGUCGCACAAGAUUGCAUUCCGUGCCAUCCCUGCCCUAAGGAAUUGUAAUGGAGCAGUUGCUAGCAGCCUUCACCCUGAGUGUUGUGUAUGUGUGCGUACAAUAGACAAUAGGUGCAGGAGUAGGCCAUUCAGCUCUUCGAGCCAGCACCGCCAUGCAAUGUGAUCAAUAGACAUUAGACAAUAGAUACAGGAGUAGGCCAUUCGGCCCUUCGAGCCAGCACCGCCAUGCAAUGUGAUCAAUAGACAGUAGACAAUAGGUACAGGAGUAGGCCAUUCGGCCCUUCGAGCCAGUACCGCCAUUCAAUGUGAUCACGGCUGAUCAUCCCCAAUCAGUACCCCGUUCCUGCCUCUCCCCAUAUCCCCUGACUCCGCUAUCUUUAAGAGUCCUAUCUAGUUCUCUCUUGAAAGUAUCCAGAGAACCGGCCUCCACCGCCCUCUGAGGCAGAGAAUUCCACAGACUCCCAACUCUCUGUGUGAAAAAGUGUUUCCUCGUCUCCGUUCUAAAUGGCUGACCCCUUAUUCUUAAACUGUGUGUGGCCCCUGGUUCUGGACUCCCCCAACAUCGGGAACAUUUUCCUGCCUCUAGCGUGUCCAAACCCUUAAUAAUCUUAUAUGUUUCAAUAUGUGUGUAGAAGAAUGCUUAAAUUUUAUCUAACAUAUAUAUUUUUUAACCUAUCAAAUUUUGAGUACAGUGGUGGUCAAAAUAUAUCUCUGCUGAAGUUUUUAAAAAUAAGAUUGGGGAAAAAUGAACAUAACUGUUUGCUACUCAAUAGACAAUAGCAAUACCUCAUUGUAACACCAUACACACAUUUACAGAACUCCAGUGAAUACAAGCCUAGCCACAGUGAAAUGUGUGGCCACUGUCUUUCCUCAUAUGACAUUCUCCAUUCUCCAGCUUGGCAAAGCCUGAUAGCACGUCCAUAGAUUCAGGAACAGAUUCUACCCCUCCCGUAGUGAGAUUGUCAGAUGGCCGUCUCAUAGGCUCGGGACAAAUUUCCCGAUCUUCCAAUCUACCUCACAGUGCCUGCACUUUU